GCGUGUUGAAGCCAGCUCGACUUCCUCUUCCUCUCUCUGCUCCAUGCCACUUCCUGCUCAGUGAUGAUGUCACACGCAGUUGCUUUACAGCACAAGCUCUGAAAUGUCCUGUGCUCCAGUCAAUACUUGGAGCAGGCGGACACAUUUGGCAGCUUGUUGCGCUCCUGAGCUUUCUCCUGUCAGUGGCUGGAAAUCUUGCGUAGUUCGUUCUCUUCCAACCGGAUCGCAAGGGAGGUGUAACAUGAUGAAGAAUUGGGGUAUGAUUGGUGGCAUUGCAGCUGCUUUAGCUGCUGGAAUAUAUGUUUUGUGGGGCCCCAUAUCGGACAGAAAGAAACACAGGAAAGGUCUUGUACCAGGCCUAUUAAAUUUGGGAAACACCUGUUUUAUGAACUCUCUGCUCCAGGGUCUGGCUUCCUGCCCAUCUUUCAUCAGCUGGCUGUCGGGUUUCACAUCACAGUACAGAGAGGAGCACAGCACUACAGAGCAACGGCACCUUUCUGUUACCUUGCUGAAUCUCCUAAAAGCUCUGGCCAACCAGGGGGGUACCGAGGAGGAGGUUUUGGAUGCUAGCCCUCUCUUGGAAGUCCUCAGGGCUCACAGAUGGCAAAUCUCUUCCUUCGAAGAGCAGGUCAGUGAUAGAACUCUGACAUCUGAUCAUUAUUAUCAGGAGAUGCAGAAAGGAUUACUUCAGCAUGGCAGCCUGAAUAUGGUUCCAACAGAAUGUGAAAAACUGGAUUGUGGAUGAGGGCAAACAGUUCUAAGCAUUACAAAGUCCUACAGAUAUACCCAGUGCCUACCACUAGCCUCACUGAUAAAUAGUUAACGUUUAAUUGACUUUUUCCAUCAGCAAAACUGUAACAGUCCACCUGUUGCUGCUUACAAAAACCUUCAAACUGCUAUAAUUGAAGCUUUAAAGGCUAAUUCAAGUUAGUUCUGUAAUCUUACGUGAUUUUGCUAAACUAUCCGUUUCUGCAGUCCUUGUUUAUUUAACUUUUUGUAGUAUUAUUUUGCUAAUUAAAAUUUUUGUGAGUGUUGUUGUACUAACAUUCUCUGCCUAUCUAAGGUGGUGCUAUCAAGUGACUAACAUUGGCCUAUGCAUGUUUGUGUAUGAACUUUUAUUACAGCUAAGGAUUCCACUGUUUUUAAUUAACUUUUAAAUACAUGAUUUUUUUACUACUUA